AUGGCAGACCACGUCCCAACUGAACGCGAAUUGAUGUUAUCUGGCAAAUUAUACGACAGUACAGUUCCUGAAUUGGUCAAUGAGCGCCGUGCUUGCAACGAGAAGGUAAUGGCGUUUAACAAUGAGCUUCAAGAAGAGAAGCGUGAUGUUAUUCUUCGCGACAUUCUCGGUACCUGUGGUGAAAAUGUUACUUUUCUUCCUCCGUUCCAUUGUGAUUAUGGGAAGUACAUAACUGUCGGUUCAUCCACUUUUGCAAAUUACAAUUUAGUUGUCCUCGACGCAAGUCCAGUGAAAAUUGGCAGCCAUGUUUUGAUUGGUCCCAAUGUGACUUUAGUAGCUGCCACUCAUCCCACUGACCCAGUAAUAAGAAAUUCAUUACUCGAAUAUGGCUUUCCAAUCACCAUCAAAGAUGGCGCUUGGAUCGGAGCAAAUGCAAUAAUUAUGCCCAACAUCACCAUCGGUGAAAAUUCCGUAGUCGGCGCUGGCAGUGUAGUGACGAAAGAUGUUCCAGAUAAUUCCAUAGUAGCUGGUAACCCUGCCAAAUUCAUAAGAAAAGUCGAUGAACAUCCAGGAUGGACUCCCGAGGAUCGUAACAUCCCUUUAUAG